AUGGCGAGUGAACUGGCUUUCCACCUCGCCCCGAACAACCUCUCCACCCGAACGCCUCCUAUCGGGCAAGCCCUCAGCUGGGCGAAGCAGUACGUCCCAGCCCCUGACCGUCCCCUCCUCGACAUCUCGCAAGGCGUACCUGGCACCCCUCCGCCACCGGUCCUGCGCGAUGCCCUGGCAGCAGCGGCUUCUGCCCCAGGCGUCUUCGGGUACGGGCCAGACGAGGGGGAGUACGAGUUGCGCAAGGCGGUGGCAGAGGAGAUGAGGUGGACGUACGGAGGUCAAGACAAGGGAAGUGGUGAGGUUGAUGUGAAUGCGGAAGACAUUUCCAUCACGUCAGGGUGCAACCUUGCGUUUGUGGCCGUUGCGAUGUCGUUGGCGCAGCAGGGGGAUGAGUUUAUAUUGCCUGUUCCCUGGUACUUUAAUAACCAGAUGACGCUGAGCCUCCUCGGCAUCAAGACCGUCGAGCUACAGACAUACGCACACGACCACUUCCUCCCUGACCCCGAGCGGUGUGCGGCGCUCAUAACCCCUCGGACACGCGCCAUCGUCCUCGUCACGCCCAACAACCCGACCGGCGCGACCUACCCGCCGUCCCUCAUCGCCUCCUUCGCGUCCCUCGCGCGGACCCACAAGAUUGCGCUCAUCAUCGACGAGACUUACCGCGACUUCAUCGCCUCCUCGCCCCCGCACUACCUCUUCCACUCCCCCUCCUCGCGACAAAUCGCACCCGAGCACCAGCCAACGGACUGGUCCUGGCGCCCCACCGUCAUCUCCCUCUACUCCUUCUCCAAGUCGUACUGCAUCCCCGGGCACCGCCUCGGCGCGAUCACCGCCUCGCCCGCGCUCCUCCCCGCGCUCGUGCGCGUGUUUGAUUGCCUCCAGAUCUGCGCCCCGCGCGGCGCGCAGCGGGCGUUCCUCACCAAGCCCUCUCCGUCCGCGAAAUCGCUCCUCCCGUCCCUCAGGCAUUUUAUCAAGGAUAAUAGGGACGCGCUGGCCGCGCGGCACAAGCUUUUCCGGGAGCUACUGCCGAGGAGGUGGAAAAUCGCGAGUAGCGGAGCGUAUUAUGCGUUCGUGCGACACCCGUGGAAGGGAAGGGGGGCGAGGGAGGUGUGCGAGCGCCUGGCGAGGGAGCGGGGCGUGGUGUGUUUGCCCGUCGCGUUCUUUGUGGCUGAGCAGGGAGGGGAAGGGGAGACGGAGGUGAGGGAGGAGGAUAGGUAUGUGAGGUUUUCGGUGGCGAAUGUGGAUGAUGAGCGGAUUAGGACGGUGUGUGAGCGGUUGAAGGAGGCGGAGGAGGUGUUUGGGUGGGAGCUGGACUGAGUGGGAGGGAUGUGUACGUGAGGGCUACAGGCGUUGCAGUACUACAGACAGUGUUCGUAGAUUAUCAUGCUGGCAUUACGCUCAGGGGAAUAUAUCGCGACCUCCAACACGAGCC